AUGUCUGCAGAACUGUUGCAAACACCGAACUGUUGCGUGCCACACGCAACAAGCUGUUUGAUUGAUCGAUUUGGCGCGAAUCGCCUUCCCGGUGGAACAGCCAAAGUGAUCGCCUGUUUGCCCUUCAAAGCAUUAAACGAGAUCAUCGAAAAUGAGGAAUUAGCCGAAGCGUUGCAACUGGACAAAGAGCAAACCGAAUUGAAAAAGAAGACUUUUGAGAAGAAUCGACUCUCAAAGAAUGUGCAGCGUUCCUCGUGUAAGAUCGUCUCCCAAUGCCUCAACACGAGUAUGGUCUUCCUAGAGCAAAUUCUCAUGCUCCCAUAUGGUGGCGCGAUCUACGGACAGAACUUUGGCUCUCCACAGUUUCAGGGUCGAUUCGUGGCUACAUAUUAUGUGCUCGGGUUUGGUGUUGGUGCUAGCCUGCUCUCAUCAGUGCUAUACAAGCUGCACGCUGUCGGGUUCACGAAGCGGCAUCACAAAUUUUUCGUGUUUCUCUGUGUCUCGGGAAUGUUUUGUGGUCUGUCACUGGUCGUUUUCAUCAUAAUAGCGACGAGCGAGGUGCAAAUUACGGACACCACCCAGUACGCGUUGCUCAAGGAGCCAAAUGUUGAAAACGCGGCUUGCCUACUCUUCCCGAGAACGGUGAUCAUCUAUCCACGGGUCGAGGAUCCCCGUUUAGCUUAUCCGGGCAGUAUAGCGUUUGCCAUGUUUACUUUAUGGGUGUUCUUUGUGAUGUGGCUGGUGCUACACGAAUCAAAUCGUGCCAAGAAGACGACGGCCAGUCAGAAAACACGAGAUAUGCUCUGCUAUAUGGAGAUUGUCUUCUAUUUACAGUUUGCCGAAAUGGUGCUCACUACUGCGAUUCCGGCCGGUCUCGCCAUGUUGGGUCUGUCGAAAGUUUGGCCCACCGAAAAUCUUGUUAUCGCCUCAUUCACCCUAAUGCUCAGCCUUCACUCGCCGCUCAAUUGCUUGAUAAUCAUCUUUGCCACGAGAACAUAUCGAAAUCGAAUCCUCAACUGGAUUUUCCCUCCACAAAAUGGUAAA